AUGGAGGAGAGAAUCAUUUUCGCAGUAUCCUCAAAGCCGUGUCUUUUUGACACAACUGCUGACAGCUACAGGGACAUAAACACAAAAAAAUGCUGCUUGGAGACGAGUGUCCACGAUAGUAGGAUUUCCAGGUCAGUUUAGUAGUGAGCUUGUGCUAGAUGUGGCUAGUUUGCUAGCUAGCUAACCUAGCUAGCUAACCUAGCCAAUGAGGUGUGUGUGUGUGUGUGUGUGUGUGUGUGUGUGUGUGUGUGUGUGUGUGUGUGUGAAAGAGAAAUAGUAAUAUAAAUUAUGCUAGUUACUACCCCUGAUAACUUGGCCAAGUAAUCAUGUUUGAAAGAGUGUGAGUGUGUAUGUGAGAGAGUGUGAGUGUGUAUGUGAGAUAAAUAAUAAUAGAAAUGAUGGUAGAUACUACCCCUGAUAACUUGGUCAGAUAACCGUGUGUGUGUCUGUGUGUACGGUAGGUGACAUGUCCAUGAUAGCUAUCUAAUAACUAUAGUUAUGCUAGGUAAUGGUUUGGCUUAUCAUGUUCAUGUCUAUGUAGAAGAAGACUGUAGGAGGAAGUGGAGAGGACUCAGGGAGAAGGUAUCAGAGAGAGAGAAAGAGAAGAAGAGAGGUCUGGGUCAGCGGCUUCAGGCCAGCGGCUUCAGGUCAGCGGCUUCAGGUCAGCGGCUUCAGGUCAGCGGCUUCAGGCCAGCGGCUUCAGGCCAGCGGCUUCAGGCCAGCGGCCUUGGAGCUUCUGCCACAUUCUUUCCUUUCUGGAUCCAGUUAUUGUGCCUAGGGCAACGAGUGGCAAUUUUACAGCCAGACCCUCUACAUCAUCCACAAGUAUGACCUCCACUGGUGCUGCCAUGGAAGAUGAUGAAAUAGAGGAAGCACCUCUGGACCUAGGACCACCUGAGAUUAUUAUGACCCGG